AUGGCCUCCGCCGCCUCCCGCCCUGCUCCGCGCGCCGGAACCGGAACGCGGCGCUGGGGGCGGUGCGGCCUCGUCCCGUCCGCUGCCGCCCGGGGCCAGCCCGGCAGCCCCGCGGUGCCCCGUGCCCGGGGCAGGGCUGCGCUCCCCCCGCCCGCCGUGUCAUGCCCCUGCCCGCCCGCUCGCCCCACCGCUCUCCCCGCCGCCACGGCGCGGGGCAAGCGCCCCGGGGCCCGGCCCCCCUCAGCCCCCGCCUCCGGGAGGAGCCAGCGCCGGGCCCCGGGGCCGCGCCGCCGGCUCGGCGGGGCCGGCAGUGAACGGGCGGCGGGAGCCGCAGCCAUGAAGAGCCCCCGGGAGGCCGGCGAGCCGCCGCCAGUUGACUGCAUCCAGCUGAAAGUGCCAGUGAUUCAGCAGCUGUACCACUGGGACUGCGGGCUGGCCUGCUCCAGGAUGGUGCUUCAGUACCUGAAUCAUUUGGACAAUGAUGAAUUUCAGAAAGCCAUCCAGGAACUCCAGUUAACAAAGAGUAUCUGGACUAUUGACCUGGCCUACCUAAUGCGGCACUUCGGAGUUAGGCAUAAAUUUUGCACCCAGACACUUGGAGUGGACAAGGGCUACAAAAAUCAGGUACAGCCUGGGCAGCAGCAGUGUUUAGCUUCCACACUUUCCCCACCACCGUGCCUCAGCCUUGACCUGGAAGAUCCACCUCUAGAGUCAUUUUACAGGAAGCACUUUGACACGGAAGAGAAUCGAGUGAAUCAGCUCUUUGCACAAGCCAAAGACUGCAAGGUGCUGGUGGAGAAAUGCACAGUAACCGUUCAAGACAUCCAAAACCACCUGUCCCAGGGUCACGUAGCCAUUGUCCUUGUGAACGCGGUCCUGCUACUGUGUGAUCUUUGUUCAAGUCCUGUCAAAUACUGCUGCUUCCUUCCCAUUGGACAGAAGUGCUUCUGCAGGAGCCCUGACUACCAGGGCCAUUUCAUUGUGUUAUGUGGCUACAACAAAGCCUCAGGGAGUAUCUACUACAACAACCCUGCCUAUGCUGACCGAACAUGCUGCACCAGCAUCAGUAACUUUGAGGAAGCCAGGACAAGUUAUGGCACUGAUGAAGAUAUUCUGUUCAUCUACACAGACAGCUGACAUCCACAGAGGACACUCCUGCUCCUUCCUGCACAGCCUGCACGGCAGCUGGCUGCUCGUCUCAGGACUCCCCUGCACACACCUCACUCCUGAACUGCAGUGGGACCUUCAACAAGGGAGGCUUUAUAGACAUUCACAGGACUGUAGUUCAAUGCUGUCUUUACCAUUUUUUUUCUUUUUUUCUGAUGAUGUAUCUGAUUUUGCAAUGUCUGUCUCUGGUUUUUUUGGUGGUUUUUUUUUUUUCCAUAAUUUUCAACAUUGCACAUUUGACAGCAGUUCUAAAAUACAGGCCCAGAGCCUGUUCACUUUCAGCUUAUUUUCAAAUUAAACACAUAAGAAAAAAGCACCAAAUUUAUGAACUUUAACGCCUGGUAAUAUUUGCAUAGGUUUAGGUAAACAAACAAACAAAAAAAGUAGAAAAUAUUUGUUUCUAUCUCUGUCAAAGCAUCAAGGGCUGCUCUUCAUCCAAAAUCUAUGGAUUUGAAGUUCAGCAGAGUAUUAUAAAUGAAAAAAAUAUUAACUUAAAAUACUUUUAAAUAA